AUGAUUUCUACUGACGCAAACUCACAGCAGCACAGAUGGAAGCACCUUCAUAAAGUUCUGACAAAAGCCGGUCCCUACUGCGAUGAAGACUGGGUUCCAGGACAAGAAACCGUCAGUACGCUAGAGUCAUCCAAAAUUCUUGGAGCUGGUGGCCUAGGCUGCGAGAUCUUGAAGAACUUGGCCCUGUCCGGCUUCAAAGAUAUCCAUGUCAUUGACAUGGACACUAUUGACAUCUCAAAUCUCAACCGACAAUUUUUGUUCCGCCAAGCUGAUAUUGGCAAGCCCAAAGCGGAAGUCGCUGCUGCCUUUGUGGAAAAGCGAGUGAAAGGUGUCAAAAUUACGCCCUAUGUCGGGAAGAUCCAGGACAAGGAUGAGGACUAUUAUAUGCAAUUCAAGAUCGUCAUCUGCGGACUCGACAGCAUCGAGGCUCGCCGGUGGAUUAACUCUACUCUGGUUGGGAUGGUAGACAUGGAAGAUCCAGAGAGUUUGAAGCCUUUGAUCGAUGGCGGAACUGAAGGAUUCAAGGGACAAGCUCGUGUGAUUUUGCCCACCCUCUCCUCAUGCAUUGAGUGUCAGCUGGACAUGCACGCUCCUCGACCCGCAGUGCCGCUGUGCACCAUUGCUACCAUCCCUCGCCAACCUCAGCAUUGCAUUGAAUGGGCUCACCAGAUCGCAUGGCAGGAGAAGCGCAAGGACGAAGCUUUUGACAGUGACGAUAUGGAGCACAUCUCAUGGGUGUACAAUGCCGCUCUGGAGCGGAGCAAGCAGUUCGACAUACAUGGAGUGACCUUCCAGAUGACCCAAGGUGUCGUGAAAAACAUCAUUCCAGCAAUCGCGUCUACCAACGCCAUAAUAGCGGCCUCUACAACUUCAGAGGUGUUGAAGAUUGCUACCUCCUGCAACCCUUAUCUCGAGAACUACAUGAUGUAUGCCGGUGAAGAGGGCGUGUACACCUACACGUUUGAAGCUGAGAAGAAGCCUGACUGUCCCGUGUGUGGAAACCUUGCUCGCAAGCUGAAUGCGGACCCGAACUUAACCCUGGGCGAAUUCAUUGAGAGCCUUGGAGAAAGGGCUGAAGCGCAGCUGAAGAAGCCCAGUCUCCGCACCGAGGAGAGGACCCUUUACCAGCGUUUCCCACCUCAGCUGGAGGAGCACACUAGACCGAACCUGAAGCUGAAGCUGCAUGAACUUGUGGAAGAUGGCGAAGAGGUUGCUGUCAGCGACCCGGCCUACACCAUUGAUUUCCGGUACAAGGUGAUCUUCAACAAUUGA